AUGCCUGAACUGAAAACAUUUACUAGAGCAGAAGUUGCCAAGCAUAACACUGAAAAUGAUUGUUGGAUCAUCAUUGACGGUGCUGUCUAUAAUGUCACUACUUUUGCUCAGUUGCAUCCUGGUGGUGCUCAAAUUUUGAUUGAUCUUGGUGGAAAGGAUGUUACAGAUGACUUUUUCGGUCUUCAUAGACUUGAAGUGUUGACAAAAUAUGCUCCUCGUCUCAAGAUCGGCCAGGUUGAAGGUGAAGUCUCUCAGGUCGCUCUUCAGGUCCCUGGUGACUUGUCUAAAAUUCCUUAUGGUGAACCUAGCUUUUGGAUGGGCUUCAAGAGCCCCUAUUUUAAUGAGAGUCACACAAAUUUCCGUAAGGCCCUUCGCGCCAUUUAUGACGAAAUCCGUCCAGAGGCCAUCCAGGCUGAAGAAAUGGGCAAGUAUCCUUCCAAGGAACUCUACCAACACUUGGGAGAGGAAGGUGUCUUGGCUUCCCAAAUUGGCCCCGGCCCUUGGUUAAAGGGACUCAAGUUACCUGCUGGCAUUGAGCCCGAAAAGUUUGAUUACUUCCACGAACUCAUUGCUCACCAAGAAACAGCGCGUUUGGGUACACCCAGUUUCUGUGAUGGUGUCUCUUCAGGCUUCAGUAUCGGCCUUCCUCCCAUAUUCAACUUUGGUAGCCCCGAGCUCAAGGCACGCGUUGUCCCUGAAGUGCUUUUGGGAAAGAAGCGUAUCUGUUUGGCUAUUACCGAACCCUAUGCCGGUUCUGAUGUCGCUCGUAUUCGUACCACGGCCAAGCGAACUCCCGAUGGCAAACACUUUAUUAUCAACGGUGUCAAGAAGUGGAUCACAAACGGUUGUUUCUCAGACUACUUUACUGUAGCUGCUGUCACCGAAAAGGGUAUUACCAUGUUCUUUGUUGAGCGUGAUGAUAAUAUCGAAACCAAGCAGAUCAAGACCUCUUAUGGUGCCUCUGCUGGUACCUCUUAUAUCACUUUUGAAAAUGUCAAGGUCCCUGCUGAGAACAUCCUCGGUACAGAAGGCAAGGGUUUCCAAGUUAUUAUGUACAACUUUAACCACGAACGUUGGUAUAUCUGUGGUGCUGUCACCGGUAGCACUCGUAUGGUCAUCGAGGACUGCUUCAAGUGGGCUGUUCAACGUAAGGUCUUUGGAAAGAGACUCAUUGACCAACCUGUCAUUCGUAAUAAGCUUGCUUCCAUGGUUUCUCAACUUGAAGCUGUCGAAAACUGGCUCGAAAAUAUCACUUUCCAAAUGUGCAACAUGUCUUAUGCUGAACAAUCUGUCAAGUUGGCUGGUCCUAUUGCUCUCUUGAAAUAUCAAUGUACUCGUGUUGCUCAUAAUGUUGCUGAUGAUGCUUGUCAAAUCUUUGGUGGUCGUGGUAUUACCAAGACUGGCAUGGGUCGUAACAUUGAAGCAUUCCAAAGAACUUACAAGUAUGGUGCUAUUUUGGGUGGUAGUGAAGAAAUCAUGGCUGAUCUUGGUAUUCGUCAAGCUAUGAAGUUCUAUCCUGAAAAUGCCAAACUUUAA